AUGCGUUGCAGCAGCGUGCGCAGCGCGCCCAGCACCGGCGAGCUCCGGGACGCAAGCAGGGCCAAGCAUCCUGUCCCCAUCCCCACCCACACCUCCCCGGGGGGCCCUGGGCGACCUCAGCAGCUCUGACAGCGAAGACCCCGCGGAGUGCCUGCCAAGGGUUCCCCGGUGGGCGGUCAGAACCCCCCUGGCUCAUUCUAGAUGGAGGCACCUCCAGAAGGAGCUGGCUGAAGAGCCGUGGCCUUCACCUUACAGCCACUGGUGACCACACCUCCCCUAGCGCAGAGGCUGCAGCCGGCGGGAAAUGGUCUUCCAGCCUGUUCCCAAGGACCCUGGUGAGACGGCCAGGAUGGAGCUGGGCCCCACAAUAGAGACCUUUGUGUUGGAGCUGCGAUGUCUUGAGGAUGGGGGUCCAGGGUCUGACACCCUCUCAGAUGGCAGUGGUGGGAGUGAGAGCCAGGAGGAGGAAGAGGCUCAGGUGAGCAGCAGCCCACAGCCACCAGCACUCACAGCCCCAGUAGGGGCCAGUAACAGCAUUGGGGCGGUGCAGCUGGGACAACAGGACGUGCAUCUGCAGCAGUUAGAGCAGCAGCAAGAGCUGGAACAGCAGCUGCAGCACAAGCAGUUACAAGAGCAGCAGCCUCAGCAUCAACUGUUAGGACCUCAACCAGAAUUGCGGCGGCAGCAAGAUGGGCAGCAGUAGCUGUCUCAGUUGCAGCAAAAGCUACAGGAAAACCUCCAGUCUGAGCAGCAUCAGGAACCAAAACCACAACCGCAGCUGGCGCAGCAUCCAGGACUUGGACAGGAGCAACAAGAGCAACAGUUGUUGCAGCAGCAGCAGUGGAUGAUUAUGAAGCCCCAAGGCCAAAAGCAACAGCUGUUACUACAGCAGCAAGAACAGUUGCAGCAGCAGCAGCAGCAGCAGCAGCAGCAAGCACAAGAACAACUUGUGGGGCAGCAUGUGCAAGAGCAACAACUAUUGCAGCAGCAAGUAGAAGAACAGGCUUUGCUGCAGCAGCAGCCUUUACAGCAGCCAAUGCAAGAGCAACGACAGUCACAGCAGCAGCUUCUCCAACAGCAGCAACUACUGCAACAACAUGAACAAUUGCUGCUGCAGCAGUUGCAAGAACAAGCAUUGCAACAGCAAUUACAAGGACAACAGCUGUUGCAGCAGCAUCAACAGGAGCAGUUACAGCAGCAGCUACUGCUCCAACAACAGGAACUGUUACAACAGCAGGGACAAUUGCAACCACAACAGUUGCAGCAGCAGAUACUGUUGCUGCAGCCACAGGGACAUAUAGAGCAGCUGUUGCUGCAGCAGCAGGCACAGUUGCAGCAACAACUGUUGCAGCAGCAGCAGGUCCAGAUACAGCACCAACUAUUGCUGCAGCAAGAACAGUUGCAGCAGCAACAGUUGUUGCAACAGCAGCAGCUGCAGCCUCCUCCACUGGAGCAAGAGGAGGAAGAUGAUGUGGAACUGGAGCUUAUGCCAUUGGGCAUAAGGUCAGAGCAGGAGCUGGAGCAGCGACGGCAGGAGUUGGAGAGGCUGCAAGAACAACGACAGCUGAAGCUAAAACUGCAGGAGCAACUGCAUCAGCUGGAGCAGCACUUGAAGCAGCAGCAGCAGCUGGAGCAGCUGCAGCAGCUGGAGCAACAGGAGGUACACUUGAAGCUAGCCCCGGUGGAACUGAGCGCCCAGCAUCAGGAGCUGCAGCUGACCUCUGUGCAGCCGGAGCUGCAGCUGGAGCUGGUUCCCACUCCCGGAGGUGGCAUAGCAUCAGCUCCAGUCUCCUACGUGGUGGCCCCUCCAGGCUAUGUGGUGCUGCAAGAGCUCAUGGUACUGCCCACUGUGGCCACAUCCACUAUGGUGACCAUCGCGGGCCCCACAGGGAGUGAGGCUCGGACACCCACAAAACAGCGCAAGAAGCGGCGAGGCAGGGACAGGCCAACCAUCUGCGGGGAGUGUGGCAAGGGUUUCAGCCGCAGCACGGACUUGGUGCGACAUCAGGCCACGCACACUGGGGAGAGGCCGCAUCUCUGCAGCGAGUGCGGCAAGGGCUUCUCGCAACACUCUAACCUGGUGAUCCACCAGCGCAUCCACACAGGUGAGAAGCCCUACGCCUGCACCUACUGCUCCAAGCGCUUCAGUGAGAGCUCGGCGCUUGUGCAGCAUCAGCGCACCCAUACCGGCGAGCGGCCCUACGUCUGCGCCGACUGCGGCAAGUGCUUCAGCGUCUCCUCCAACCUGCUGCGCCACCGCCGCACCCACUCGGGUGAGCGGCUCCACGCGUGCGAGGACUGCGGCGAGCGCUUCCGGCACAAGGUGCAGAUCCGCAAGCAUGAGCGACUGCACCACGGGUUAGGCCGCCCCAGAGGUCUGGGCCUGCAGCGCUCCUCCAGGCAAGCGCCCUCAAGAGUCUCCACAAGGGCCAAAAAGGCUUCUGCAUCUGGGAAGCCCUGAGUGGUGUGAGAGCCACCCACACCUGGACCCUAGGUCAUGAUCUUAACCCCAGUUUGAGGUCUUUCUGGGUAUCUUGAAUUAUCCUUAGGAAAGAAAGACGUCCAUCUUUUCCCAGACCUACCCCCACAAUGCACCAAGUCCACACUGAUUGAGUCUUCCUUCUCUCUAAACCGUGCACAAGAGAACAGCUCCAUGUGGGUGAGAGAGACUACUAAGACUCUACUACCCGAUUCCCCGGCUCCCCCACUGCCUUCCCGGGAAAACUGGACUGAGAACUCGCGUGAAAUGCGCAGUGUGUGAGGGAGCUGGGGACCAAAUGGAUCAUUCUGAAUACUUAAGGAGGAACUGAAAAGGGGGCAGAUGGUGUAGCUCAGCCGGCAGAGUGCUUGCCUAGCACAAGGAUGGGUUUCCUCUUAAGCAUCACAGAAACAUAUAACCAUGUGUGUUGGCACAUGUAAUACCAGCACUUGGGAGGUAGAGGCCGGAGGAUAAGAUGUUCAAGGUCAUCUUCAGCCACAUAGUGAGUUGGAUAGCCUGGGUUACCCGAGACUCUGCCUCAAAAAAAGAAAAAGAAAAAAAAAAGAAAGAAAGAAAGAAAGAAAGAAAGAAAGAAAGAAAGAAAAAGAGGGGGAAAAAGGAAACUGGCUUGCACAAUGCCUUGAACUUGGUCCAGACAAUAGAUUGUCGUCAGUUACAUAAACCUUGAAGAUACUUGUUGGAAUGAAAGCCGAAGGGUGAACGUAGUUCUGGUGCAAAUUCCUAUGUUCAUAGACACAGGGUCACAGUGGCCAUGGAGGCAAUGUGCAAAUAAAGGUCAGGAAGUUCUGCUCUGCGUGGAAGGUCAAACCUUCCUUCCUCAGGAGCCCAGACUACGGGCAUUAGAAGCAGGUUCUGGGCCUUCGUUGCAAAGCUCCCAAGUCAUCUGUACCUCCUUACUGUUGCCCGGUGUAGGAGCCUGUGGCUGAAGCAGAGAUUUCCAGGAAGGGAGGAGCCUGGGAAGAACUUCCGGCGGUCCCCAUUUAGCCUAAGCUGUUUAGGUGGUGCCCGUAUGACCCAGGGACCGCCGUCUUCUGACCAAGCUAUGGGGUAGGUGUGGUCAGAGGAGACUUUACCUCCUGGCUGGUAUGUGAGAUGAAUGUUGGGGUAAGGACUGGGUGUGUCAGAAAGGUUGUAAACCAUAUUUACCAAACCGUAUAAGGCAGGGACCGUCUGGGAGGCGUGCCAGGUGGAGGGUCCUCCCUGCCCCCCCAGCGACUUCCUACCCACUUGACCUGCUGGCCCACUGUGGCAGCUCGGUCCUUGCCAUU